CUCGGCCAUCCGAGCGGCUCGGGGCUAGCGAGGGGACGCAGCGCAGCGGCAGCAGGAGCCGAAGAGCGCGCCGAGCCGGCCAUGGGCAAGUCAGCUUCCAAGCAGUUUAAUAAUGAGGUUCUGAAGGCCCACAACGAGUACCGGCAGAAGCAUGGUGUCCCCCCGUUGAAGCUCUGCAAGAAGCUCAACCGGGAAGCUCAGCAGUAUUCGGAGGCUCUGGCCAGCACCAGGAUCCUCAAGCACAGCGCGGAAUCCAGUCGCGGCCAGUGUGGAGAGAACCUGGCGUGGGCAUCCUACGAUCAGACAGGACAGGAGGUGGCAGAUAGAUGGUACAGUGAAAUUAAGAGCUACAACUUCCAGCAGCCUGGCUUCACCUCUGGGACUGGACACUUCACAGCCAUGGUUUGGAAAAACACGAAGAAAAUGGGAGUGGGGAAGGCAUCUGCCAGCGAUGGGUCCUCCUUCGUGGUGGCCAGAUACUUUCCAGCAGGGAAUGUCGUCAACCCAGGCUUCUUUGAAGAAAAUGUCCUGCCUCCAAAGAAGUAAAUUGUCAGAUGUACUGGGAAGGUGGCAGACUUUAGAAUGUGGAUAUGAAGUGCCUUGAACAACAAAAACUCAGCUGUGUGUCUGCCCCCCUGGGUGUAGUUUGCCUGAGAGUGUCCUUGCACACACACUUGAAUAUACAGUUCCACACCAACUCAUUCCUACCAAAGGAAUGAAUAUAUGAAGCAUUUACCUUGAUGGUUACCUAGACCACUAUUAUUUGGACUUGGGGGAUGGGGGAUCAAUUUUUAAACCUUUUUCGUUAUUUUUUAAGAAUUUUCUUUUGUAACUUUCUAAUACUAUCCAUGGACUUUUUGUAUACCAGAUGUUUGAAGUGAAGUUCAUUUUACGUGAUCUUCAUGCUUGGUAAUCUACAUUUGGUAGCUGUCAAGCCCUCAUUUAAAGGUGAUAAAAACUAUAGUGUUAAACACAUAAAUAUAAAGCCGCUUCCAUCAGAAAGGUUGGGCAGGCAGAGGCUCCAUUUCACAGAAUUAUCAAGAUUUCCAGUUGUAAGACAUGAUGUCAUCCUUGCGCCUCCUGGAAUUCUGCACUGGGAUUGCCAGAAAACAGAUAAAAACUUUACUUCCUUGCAUUUUUCUACCUUGAAGUGGCAAAGUACUACCACCACCCAUCAUCCCAUCACACCUCCUCUUCUUUCCCCUCAAAAUCCUCUGGCAUUUCAUGUGCUUCCCCCACCCCCCUCUGGUUUCUGGAGAACUGGGCUAGGCCUGGAACUCACCCUCCCCCACCGCUGGAGGUGGCCCAGGGACUGUUCUGGGAGAGCCCCUCAAGCCUGGGCUCUUAGCCAAGCCGCCUGGGAUGCAUGAAUUCAGUGAGCAUGGGGGUGAGGGUGAGCUCACUCAGGGCCCCCAGAGGAAGCCCUCCAGCCUCUGCCCCUUCCCCCCACAGGCCUUAGCCCAGGCCUGUUUCUGGCAGCUGUGACUGCAGCUGUGCUGCUGCUCCCUCCUGGAAUGUGUGACAGGCCCAAAUGUUCCAGGGAGGUACCCAGGCAGGGGCUUAGAGGUACUAAUUUGGUUCUCUUUUGCCUCAAAUAUCUCAAAGUUCAUCUGAGUAACAACAUAUAUCACAUGGUCUGUGUGGGAAGGGCCAGCCCGCUGCCAAGCAGAGUCUCCCUGAGUCCAGGCAUCUCCAGGUGGUAAGCUGGCAGGGGGACUCCAGACUGCUGGCUUUGAGGCAGCAAUCUGAGCAGCCAGUCCCCGAAGCAUGCUUCCUGGAGGUCUCUGCCGCACUGUGAACACAGUCUCGCGCUGUGCCCUCAUCUUGCCCAGGGAUAUUGGCUAAGAUGACAAUAAAGCUUUUUUUUUUCUUUUGUGUAAUAUCUUCCUCCCAUGCGAUUCACACCUGAUUCUUCAUUGGUAAUUAAGGUAACCCACAACUCUGAGUUCCUGUCUCAGGUAGCUCAAGCCCCUGAAUACCUCCAAUAUCUCCCCUGUGGACUAUGCUUAGGAGGCCAUAUUUUAAGCAAUGUGACCGGCCACCGCCCAGCUGCUUGGACUAGAAUGGAUCCGUGAUCAAGGGCAGCCAAUCCCUCUGCCUGUGUGAACCAGAAAUUUGAGCUAAGAAAUAUGGUGAGAAUUUACCAACGGAAUUGAAAAAAUUAGCAUGGUAUGAGUUUGAAUGUGGGCCAUGGUACUGAAAAGCUCUGCAAGCCCAGUUACGAAUAUGAACUAUACAGAAGUGAGGAAGUUAGUUGUUAGAGAUACAAAGGAGACUGGGAUGCAAAAAGACUGCUCCUGGCUUUCUGAUUUCCAGACAAAUCACUAUAUCUUGAUGCUUAUUUUCUUCAGGGUUUCUCAGUAAAAUGAAAACUGAUGGUCCCCAGAGGUUAGGAUAUUAGGGUACCCUCCCUCAGGGAGUCUCCAUGAACAGAAAAUGCUAAGCUGGGUAGGACACUGAGGAUGGGUGGAUUAAAGAGACCUGGCUCAGCAGCUUGGGCUGAGGUCACACUGGGUAGCCACCGUGAGCAAUAGGAACUCAAUGACCAAAGAACUUCCCGGUGGUUCCUGAGGACACAGCACCCUCCACUCCCUGCCACACUCCCCUGCAAACACACACACAGGCAUAACUAGGUGGAGGACGCUGGCACACAGCCACCCUCUUUAGGCUGGAGUCUGUUUCCUCAAUUGACUGGUGUAAGAAAAAGCUGAGAUCAUUGGUAUGUCUGCUGAUUUCCAGCUGUGGAGGGCUGGACUCCACAUUUUGUCCACCUUGAGAUAUGGUUCAGGUCUGUUUCACAGGCAGGAACUUGUAUUUUCCCUGUUUUCCUAGUCUUGAAAAGGGCCACUUUCAGACUCUGCUUAAGGUAAAAAUGAUUAAGUUACUUUGGAGUUAUUAGUAGGCUGUAAAGGAUGCUCAUUGGCUGGUUGAAAAAACUCCUGAAUUUGGGCCUGUGAAAAUUUCAGAGGUUUUUA